AUGUGUUGCAGAGCAAUGGCUGAAACGCAACAAGCUGCUGGUAGUAACAGCAUUGAUGUAGAACGUCUCUUUACUAGAAAUGAUAUUCAGAGUUUAUUGAAGCGUCUUACGGGAUUAAACCUUAGAGAGAAAUUAUUCCGCAGUCGGCAAAUAACUCAACCUCAACGUGCACAUUAUGCUUUGAUGACAGAUGAAGCUUACCAGAAGACAUUGGAAAGCAUGGAAGAAAUAGGAACGAAUUUUCUACAGUUUGUGCCUGUACUAGAACCGCGUUGUAGUACACCAAUUGUUUUAGCCAAUGAUCCGGAAAUCAGAGGCUUUGAUAGCAGUAAAUAUGUCUUCACUGAUCUUUCUUUUGGUCUUGGAGUUCAGGUGCGUUCAGUUGUUGUACGUGAAACAGACGGUACAUUACGAAGCGCAACACCAGAAGAACGAGAUCGAAUGACAAGAGUUUACAAAGGUCAUCAAUAUCGACCAGUAUUCGAACCACCACUGUUCAAAGAUCCAUAUUUACAGAUAGCAUUGGAUAGGGAUGAUCACGAAUAUGUCCUUGAUUGGGCUUGCCAUUAUUAUCUGCCGAAUGACCCAGCAUUUAUCAAAAAUAUCAUCAGAUUGAUUUUAUUUCCAUUUUGUUCUAGAACCGAAGACGCUGCAAAUUUAGUGCGCCUAAUUAAAGCGAUUUUCACAGAUGAAGUAUGGAGUCGCCAAAUGAGGGAUGCGGAUGAUUUGGAAGUAUUACAGCAAUACGCAAAAGAAAAUACGAAUUACGAAGCCACCAUAUGUGAUUUAAUAAAGGCAACCAAGAAGAAAAAAGAUGAAAUUAAGAAGAGUAAUGAAAGUGAGGUUGGCACGGGGAUAAAAAGCGGAAAAGAGCGUACUUCGACAAUAGAUAAAGAAAGUUUCGCGAGUCCGGAAGGACCACUUGGUGAAAUGGCUAAAGAGUAUGAUGUACAUGUAGUACGCGGUUCAUCUGAAGCCAUGGAACAGAUGCAAAAAUUAGAUGGAAAAUCACGCAAAGGUAAAAGGCGACAAGACAAAAAAGAUAAUAAAAAAUAG